GGAGCUACGCCUAGUUCCGAGGUGCGGAAGAGAGUGACGGAGCCCGUGCUAAAGAGCCCGAGAUUCCUCCGGAGAGAAACUGGCGUACGCUCGGGUUCGGUCGCAGGGCCUGUCACAGAGCUCCCACCCUGCACCCUCACCAAAGGCCCAAAGGCCCAAGGAACGGAAAAGUCAUUUUGGUGGGCACCUAGUGUCGGGGACAGUCAGCACCAUGGACGCCGGAUACCAGAGGAAGGCAGAGUCCGCCGGAACCCCGAGCUGCCUGUUCCCGUAGGCCGAGGUGGAGCGAAGGCCCCAUCCCGGAGCAGCGUCGGGUCAUUACACUGCGCUCAUUGUGCUUUGGAGAAGACCCCGCCCCUCCAAAAAAUAAAACUCAAGGUCCCAAUCCUGAAGCAGCUCAUACUUGCUCCCAUUUGAAGAAAGACCCUGAAAGUCAGAAAAGUUGGUAUUAGGGCGAAUGAAGUGUUCCACCCACUCAAGUAUUACAUGUAGACACAUGUGGCCCUCUUGCCCGGAUGUUUGACCUACAACAGGAGCCAGGAACCUGCAGGUUGGAUGUGGAUGGACCCAGCCUGGGAUGGAUCCCAGGGACCUCGGCCAGGCACAGCUAGUAUCCGGGUACGGGAGCUGAGCUGGCAGGGCCUAAACAACCCCUGCCCACAAAACAAGAGACGGGGCAGCCAUGGGGAUAUCCACAGGGAGCAGCAGGUGGAAGAGCACCUUUCCCCUGCUCGGCUGCAGGCCCUGGCCCAGGUAGAUGACCUCCAACUGGUGAGGGUGCUGGAGAUGUGUGUGGACACCCGUAAGAACAGCCUGGGGAACUUCGGAGUGCACCUCCCUAACCUGAACCAACUGAAGCUGAACCACAGCUGCCUGGGCUCCCUCAGAGACCUGGGCACUUCUCUGGGCCACCUGCAGGUGCUGUGGCUGGCUCGCUGUGGCCUGACUGACUUGGAUGGCAUUGGCUCCUUCUUGGCACUGAAGGAACUUUAUGUCUCCUACAACAACAUCUCAGACCUGAGCCCACUGUGCCUGCUCGAGCAACUGGAGGUGCUGGACCUUGAGGGCAACAAUGUGGAAGACCUGGGGCAGAUGCGGUACCUGCAGCUGUGUCCACGGUUGGCCACACUCACACUGGAGGGGAAUCUGGUGUGCUUGAAGCCAGACCCUGGCCCUUCCAACAAGGCACCCCAGGACUACAAUUAUAGGGCAGAGGUAAAGAAGCUUAUCCCCCAGCUCCACAUCCUAGAUGAGAUACCCACCACAUGCACCAACCUGCCUGCUUCCCAGAAGCUGAAUCAGGACUGGCUGAUGGUGAAGGAGGCCAUCAAGGAAGGCAGCGUGCUUGACAUUCUCCUCCCUCGGCUGGAUUGUUCCCAUGGAACCACUAUACGGAAACUUGACCCAAUCUUGCCUGUGCCUGAGACCCAACCAUGGGCUCUGUCUUUGCUGGUCCCUGAGGUCCCCUUGCCUGAAGGUCUGCUUUCUGAGAAUCCAGCCACAGAAGACCAUUCCAGCAGCCUCACCCAUGGUGCUUGUCAAGUUCUCUGUGGGAACCCCACCAAAGGCCUGAGGGAACGUAGACACCAGUACCAGGAAUGGGCACCCCUGGAGCAGCUGCCCCCACAUAGGCCAGAUCUGGCCACCCACCCCUCUACCCCAAGGCCUGACCCUACAGAAAGCUGUGACCUGGCCAUGACUGGGCUUCGGGCCUGGAGGGAGCCUGGCCUGCGGCAGGUGGAGUUCCAGCAGGAAAGGCUUGUUCCAGCUCCAGCUCAGGACCCACAGAAGGCUCCUGAAGAACAGGAAGACCAGACUGGAUCCAAGACUUCCCUAACCCCUCCACGCCUGGCCUCAGAACUUUCCAGGACACCAGGCUUUCACCUGAUCCCUUCUCCCCCAAAGUACCCAAAGCCACCUGAGUCAGGCAGCAGCUCCUCAGUGAGAUCUGCAGACCUGCCCUUCAGAGGGCGUAGGCUUAGAGUCCUGGGUAGCUUGGGGCCUAGCCUGGGCGAGGGGUCUGGCCUGGGUGAGAGGUUGGCUGCAGUGACUGCCCUGAGAGCACUGGACCACCGAGUCCAGGGAUGCCCAGACCCAAAGCCAGCACUAGGUUCAGCAGCUUGCCCUCCAGGCCUCCACUGCCUCCAUCACCUGAACCCUAUCCCUCCAGCCCACUCUCUCCCUUAAUGUAAUCCUCCCUUGUUGAGAUCUCUUGGCCUGGAUGGGGCCCAAGACUGAAUGGCUGGAGCUGGAACUGAGCUCUUUAGAUGCCCCAGGACCCUGGGUCACCUAUGUGGCCCAAGUUCUAAGCCUGCUUGUCCUAGUCCACAAAAGGGUGUAGUCAUUCUGGAUGGAUUUGCAGGUUUCCCUAUGUGCGACAGGUCCUUUCUCUUGAGACACCAAAUACUCUCUGUAAAAGCCAAGUGAAUC